AUGACAUCCACAAACCCCCAAGACCUACCACACAUGAACUUCCGCUCCUUUGUGGAAUCACUCAAAACCGACGGCGACCUCGUCGAGAUCAACCAAGAAUGCGACCCGGACCUCGAGGUCGGCGCCAUCAUCCGCAAGGUCGUCGAGAACGACGAGCGGGCGCCGCUCUUCAACAAGCUCAAGGGCCAGGACGCCGACGGCUUCUGGCGCAUCCUCGGCGCGCCCAACUCGCUGCGCGCCGACCCCGGCCAGCGCUUCGGGCGCCUGGCGAGGCACCUGGGCCUCCCGCCCGCGUCGGGCAUGAAGGAGAUCCUCGACAGGAUGGUCGCCGCGAAGAGCGCCGCGCCGAUCCCGCCCGUCGUCGUCGAGUCUGGGUCGUGCAAGGAGGUCCGCCUGACGCCGGACCAGUUCGACCUCACGAGGCUGCCUGCGCCGAUGCUGCACAAGUCGGACGGCGGCAAGUACAUCCAGACGUAUGGCAUGCACAUCGUCCAGUCCCCCGACGGCAAGUGGACUAACUGGUCCAUUGCUCGCGCCAUGGUGCACGACAAGAACCACCUCGCGGGGCUCAUUAUCGAGCCGCAGCAUAUCUGGCAGAUCCACCAGAUGUGGAAGAAGGAAGGCAAGGAUAUGCCGUGGGCAUUGGCGUUUGGCGUCCCGCCGGCGGCCAUCAUGGCAUCGAGCAUGCCGUUGCCAGGGGGUUUAUCCGAAGCGGAAUACAUCGGAUCUCUGGUCGGGACGCCGUUGGAGGUUGUCAAGUGUGACACCAACGGGCUUUAUGUUCCUGCCAACUCAGAGAUUAUAUUCGAGGGUGUCUGCUCGGCUACUGAGACGGUACCUGAGGGGCCGUUUGGAGAGAUGCACGGCUAUGUCUUCCCCGGCGAUGCGCACGCGCAGCCAAAGUACAGGGUCGACCUUAUCACGCACCGCAAGGAUGCCAUUAUGCCCCACACCAUGAUCGGCCCCCUGGCCGCUGCCGAGAUCGGGCACCUCCUCAAGUCAAAGGGCCUCCCCAUCAAGGAAGCCUUCUCCCCCUUCGAGUCGCAGGUGACGUGGGUCGCCCUCCAGGUCGACACCGAGAAGCUGCGCGCCAUGAAGACCAACGCCGAGGCCCUCUGCCGCACCAUCGGCAACGUCGUCUUCAACGACAAGGUGGGCUACACGAUCCACCGCCUCGUCCUCGUCGGCGAGGACAUCGACGUCUACAACUUCAAGGACGUCAUGUGGGCCUUCUGCACGCGCUGCCGGCCGGGGCUGGACGAGUACCACUUCGAGGACGUCCGGGGCUUCCCCCUCAUCCCGUACAUGUCGCACGGCAACGGGAACCCGCGCGUGGGCGGAAAGGUCGUCUCGGACGCCCUGAUGCCGACGGAGUACACCACCGGGCGGGACUGGGAGGCUGCGGACUUCAAGGAGUCGUUCCCUGCUGACGUCCAGGAGAAGGUGCUUCAGAGGUGGGAGAGCUUUGGGUACACUUCGAAAAAGUGA